GAAAUAAGCUCCGCCCCGUCCCCUGUAUACACACGUAGGGGAGCACAUGGCUUCUGCUUCCUGGGAGGCCCCGCCCCUUCCUGUGACAUCACCAGGGGAGGGGGCGGGCACUAGGAUCCUCCAGUAUUGGAGAGGUUCCUUAGGUACAAGACAAUGGUCCUUUUUGUCAGUGACCGACCAAGGAUGGAGAAGGACAGAGACCACAUGUCUGGGAGGAUAUUAGACCUCACCCUAGAGAUGAUCUACUGGAUCACUGGAGAGGAUUACACAGUAGUGAAGAAGUCGUCUGGUGAGUGUGUGACACCCCGUGUGUCAGGAGGCUGGAGCAGGAGCCAGAGCCCCGCCCCCGAGGAGCCUCCACCUCAUUCACUGAUACAUGAGCAGAAGAUCCUAGAACUUACCUCCAGGAUCACUGAGCUGCUGACUGGAGAGGUGAGCGCUGCUGGGAAUGCUGGGACAUUAUACAAUAACACCAAGGUAUGAAGUGUCUGGAGGAGAAUUGUAUCAUUGUCUGUGUCAGGUUCCUAUAAGGUGUCAGGAUGUCACUGUCUAUUUCUCCAUGGAGGAGUGGGAGUAUUUAUUAGGACACAAGGAUCUGUACAAGGAUCAGGUCAUGAUGGAGGAUCACCAGUCCCUCACAUCACCAGAUGGAUCCAGUAGUAUAAAUCCCCCCGAGAGAUGUCCCCGUCCUCUAUAUCCUCAUGAUAGUAAAGAAGAAGAGCAAGAUAUUCCAGCAGAUCAUCAGGUCCUUAUUGUGGAAUCUUUGCAGGAAAGUUCUGGAGGAACAAUGAGUGGACUUGAAAACCCCAUAUCAGAGAAUGAUGGAUCCAGUAGUAUAAAUCCCCCAGAGAGAUGUCCCCGUCCUCUAUAUCCCCAGGACUGUAAAGAGGAAGAGGAGGAUAUCCCACUGGACCAUCAGGUCCUUACUGUGGGAACAUCGGAGGAAAAUUACGGAGGAACAACGAGUGGACUUGAAAAUCCCAUAUGUGUGUUAGAGAAUGGUAAUGGGGAAGAUGGGAUCAUAGACUCCCAGGGAAAUCUCCUUUUCUCACCUUAUUAUAAAGCAGAAGAAAAUCAAUCAAAAGUCGACAAAAUCAGAACCGGACUUGAACUGGGUAACAUUUUUGCAAGUUCUGAAUGUGCGAAUCAUUUUGAAAAGAAUUCUCACCUCUCCACCCAAGAAAGACCGUUCUCGUGUUUAGAAUGUGGGAAAUCUUUUACUCAUAAAUCAGUUUUUGAGAUACAUAAAAGAACUCACACAGGGGAGAAGCCUUUUCCGUGCAUGGAAUGUGGGAAAUGUUUUACUAGGAAAUCACAUCUAGUUGUACAUCAAAGAAUUCACACAGGAGAGAAGCCGUAUUCAUGCCCUGAAUGUGGAAAAUCUUUUAUAAUGAAAUCAAAUCUUGGGGAACAUCUGAAAAUCCACACGGGAUUGAAGCCGUUUUCAUGUUCAGAAUGUGGGAGAUCUUUUUGUCAGAAAGCAGGUCUUAUGAAACAUCAAAACACUCACACAGGAGAGAAGCCAUUCUCAUGUCCUGAAUGUGGGAAAUGUUUUACUCAGAAAUCAAGUCUUCUUAAACAUCAGAAAAAUCACACAGGGGAGAAUCCAUUUUCCUGCCUUGAAUGUGGGAUGUGGUUUAGGAAUGAGCAACAUCUUGAGAGACAUCAGCGAACUCACACAGAUGACAAACCAUUUUUAUGUCCGGAAUGUGGGAAAUGUUUCAGACUGAAAUCAACUCUUUAUAAACAUCAAAAAGGUCACACAGGGGAGAAGCCAUAUUCAUGUUCUGAAUGUUUGACGCGCUUUGUCCGGAAAUCGAGUCUAAUGCAACAUCUAAAGACUCACACAGAAGAGAAGCCUUUUACUUGUACAAUGUGUGAGAGAUGUUUUAAGUAUAAAUCGAGUCUUAUGGAGCAUCUAAAGAAUCACACUAAGGAGAUGCAAAAUUUUAAUAAGGAUGUGGGAAAUGUUCUAGCCUGAAAUCAGAUCUUUAUAAUGAACAGAUAAUUCACACAGGAGAGAAGACGUUUAUAGUCAGGGAUCAGGUCUUUUUCGUUAACUCAGAACUAACACAGGGAAGGAGUUAUAGUCACGUGCAGUAUGUAGGAAAUGUUUUAAUCUGAAAUCGGGUGAUCAGAGAUCUUAGGUUGGCUCGGAUAUGGCAGGUGUGGCACUUCAUUGUAGGACUUGCGGUCCCUUUUGUUGUAUUACUAUUUUUUUUAUUUUUUUUACUGUAAAUUUUAUUGCGUUUUUAACCCCUUAACAACAGACUUAAAGGGGUACUCUGCUGAAAAACAUCUUAUCCCCAAUCCAAAGGGGGCAUGGCGGCUGUAGUCGCCAGUCAUCCGGAACCCCCUGCUUAGACAUCUUCUCCCCUAUCCAAAGGAAAUAAAACAUUUUUUUGCCGGAGUACCCCUUUAAAUGUACAUCCUGGUGCCCUAGUACUUAGUGCUGUGUUCGCCUUAUAAAAUGUGAGCGACAGCUGCUAUCCGCAGUCAAUGUCUGACAUCAUUGAUCCCACCAAUAUCUGCUAUUAAUUUCUUAAUUGCCAUGAUCAAAAGUGAAAGCCUAAAAUGCAGGGGUCCAGUCUGUUUCUAUGACAGCCAGAGUCCCUCCGAAUACUUCCGUGUUGGCUUUGGGGAGAUAUUCUAAUAGAUAAUGCCUCUGGUAGACUCUAUUAGCAGAGCGCUGAUAACGCCGAGUUAUGCUAUGCCAUUGCAUAGCAUUGUUUAGUAUGAGCAAUCUAAUGAUUGCUUAUAACAGUCUACUAUGGGGACUUAAAAAGUGUAAAUAAAAUGUAAAAAAAAAAAUUUAGAACCUUUAAAGGGGUACUCCGCCCCUGUCAUCUUAUCCCCUAUCCAAAGGAUAGAGGAUAAGAUGUUAGAUCGCCGCGGUCCCGCUGCUGG